AUGAUGGUUAGAACAGUUCGGAAUUUGAGUACUAAGAGUGAUGGGGGCUUCUUGGCGAAUUGGAGAAGAUCUUUCUCUGUUUCUAGGCAACCUGUUAUAGAUAUGGCCUCUAAAGAUGGUGAAUUGAGGGUUUUUAUAGUUGCCGGUGAGGUUUCUGGAGACAAUAUCGGAUCUCGCCUCAUGGCUUCCCUGAAGAAGCUAUCUCCGAUGCCUAUACGCUUCGCCGGUGUUGGAGGGUUGAUGAUGUCCAACCAAGGAUUGAAAUCUCUGUUCCCCAUGGAGGAUAUUUCAGUAAUGGGGAUCUGGGAGUUGUUGCCGCAUCUGAAUAAGUUGAGAGUGAGCAGUUAG